UCAAAAAAUUUAUGCCACACACCUCUUCUCACGCCCUCUGUCUCUCUGUAAUCCACUGUUCCACUUCAUCUCCUAUCUCUCAAUUCUCAGGUACUUGCACUACCCAAUUUAGGGUUUUCAAUUGUGGAUUUAGGGUUUUCAAUUUCUCAAUCUUCUUCUCCGUUCGUUGAAUUACUGUGUUAAUUUCUCGAAUUUGGUAAUUUCUAGUUGAUGAAUUCUGCUCCGUUCUGUAUUACGAUGUUGAUUUCACACCUCAUGCCCCAUUGAAAAUCCCAAUUUGUAACCCUAAAAUCAAAAUGAACGUGUUAAUCCCCAAUAUUGCACAGCAAUUAUCAUUCUGCAAAUCUCUGUCAACAUCAGAAUGGCAUAGAAAGAGCAACAAUUUGGUGUCUGUUACAGUGGUUGUGCCUUCAAUGUUGAGGAGGACUGUAAUCCGCAUGGGCGGCGGGCCGAGGACUUACCCGGGUGGGGUGUCUAAGUGGCAGUGGAAGCGAAUGCAGGCGAAGAAGGCGAAGCAGUUGAUGCAGGCGCGGUUGUGCCGGGAGAGGCAGAUAUAUGAGAUGAGGAAGAGGGCUGAGCUGAAGGCGGCGGUGUCUGACCUCGAGAGGCCGUGGGAGGUUGUUGAGAAAGCUCCUAAGUUGUUCUCUGUCAGUGCUGAUGAGCAGGUUAAGGUUUUGGCUGAUAGGUUUCAGAAGCCUGGUGGGUUUGACCUUUGGAGUGAUAAGGAUGGGCCUCAGUUGUUUGAAGCCCCUGAUGAGUUGCCUUCUGCUAGGUUUUUUCCUAAAGGGGUUGUUCAUAGUAUCAAGCCUUAUAGGAAGAUUGAUGGGGAUGACUUGAAGGCGGGACUCGGUGAUGCGGAAGAUGACAGCGAUGGAGGGUAUUCUUCUGAUGGUGUAAGUUUUGAUGGAAGUUUGAGCAGAAAGGGGAAUGGGAUGAGGUUUUUGCCAGAGGAUUUUGAUGGGUCUGACGAUGGAGAAGGUGGUUCUUCUUCUCCUUUGAAUCAUGGGAGGAACGGAGGGUUUAGAAAGAAUGGGAAAGGAAGAAGGUUUUUGUCAGAGGAUGUUGAUCGGUCUGAAGAUGGAGAUGGUGGUUCUAGUUCUCCUUUGAAUUAUGGGAAGAAUGAAGGGAAUGUUGAUGGUGGAUUUAGAAAGAAUGGGAAUGGAAGGAGGUUUUUGUCAGAGGAUGUUGAUAGGUCGAGCGAUGGAAAGCGUUCUUCUCCUGCGAAUUAUAGGAGGAAUGGGUUGAAUGUUGAUGGCGGAAUGAGGAAAAAUGGAAACGGAAGGAAGUUAUUUCCAAAGGAUAUUGCUGGCUCGGGUGAUAGAGAGGGUUCUUCUCCAUCUUUGGGUUCUGGGAGGAAUGGUGUAAGUGUUGAUCGCAGAUUGGGGAAUAAAGGGAGUGAAAGGAGGAUUUUAUCCAAGUAUGGUGAUCGGUCGGAUGAGUCUGCCAAUAGCAGAUUGGCGACGAAGGGGAACGGAAGGAGGCUUUUGUCAAAGGAUGCUGAUCGGUCAAACAGGAUGUAUUCAGAGAGAGUUGAAACUAGCAGAAAACACAGAGGGAGUAAUUCCAUUGCUGGCAGAAGUGCAGGAAAAUAUACUAAGAAAACUUCUGGCUAUGCUUCAUCAAGAGUUAAAGAUGAAGAUUCUGAAGUUUAUGAUAUGGGUUUGCAACAAGACGGGAGUUAUGGGUACCGGCAGAAGAGUGAGCAAUCAUCUGACUCUACAAGUUGGUAAAACUGUGGAUUCUUAGUAAAUGCAUUCUAGGUGAUCAAUGAGUUUUGCUAUUGGCUUACUUGAGGAAAAGGACUGGUGCUUUUUAUACAAGAAUUUAUUGUCAUUUGGUAGGUCUUUUCAGGCUAGCUUAAUUACUCAGAUUUUAUAGAUCUAAUUUAAACAAGAACUUCUGGUAUGUGGCAAGUCAAAAUUGGACCAGGAGUAGGCAAAUAUCAUAUCAUCUUGUGAGAUUGUAUUUUGUAUAUAUUCCAUUUGGAUCUUGAAAGAAAACAUUAGAGUUCCAGUCGAA